GCGGGGGUAGGUGUUAUUAUACCAUUUGACAGGUGGGAAAACUCUUAGGAGAUUUUGCUCCCUUGUAAACUCAAUCUUUUCACAGAUGCUCACUUGAGCCUCCGAUUGAAUUGGAACCAGGCUCUGCUGGUGACCCAGCUUCCAGGGCAGCCACCUCCAGGGGUCCCCACUCUUCCUCCCACCCUGUCCGUACCUCUGGGCCCAGAGGACAAGCGAGGACCCUCAGCACUUCCCUCAGGCACUUCCCAUUGCCACCGGUGGCAGUCCUGUAGCCCUUUCCAGGGCAGACUCAGGGACCCCACCAUCCUCCUCUGCAAAUCUUGCCAUCAUCCUGGUCACGCCAAGGGGACCAGUGUCCAGCCCCAGCCUCCAGCCCAGGGAAGGCAGAGGAGAAGCUCUCUCUUCCUUCCCCAUCCAGCCUCCCAGGCCCAGUUCAGAUUCCCCCUCCCCACUGGGCCUCCUCUGCAGGCUCCAGCCCUCAGGGACAUGUGAUCCACCCUGUUCAGUUUCUCGCAUGUCCCUCAAGGUCUCCUACUGACCUCUGCUCUUGCUGCAUGUGAGUCUCAUCUUUCUAACCAGGCUGAGGCUCUCUGGUGGCCUUUGUUCCCAUCUCCCAAGGCAAGUCUUCGCCCCAAGGAAGAAGAGAAGAGCCCUGCUCAGGAGUCUGAGGUUGGAUGAGGUUCUAGCCCCUGAGUGCUGGCAAGCCUUCUACAGUUCACGAUGUGAUCACUGACACUCCCCAGUCUGUGCCCCACCAGAGCCCUCCGUCCCUGUCACUCAAGUCAGAAACCACAGAGCGUUGGUCAAGCCCCGCAGCCCAGGAAAUCUGUUUGGUUCUACUUUCAGUAGUGAUCCCAAAUCCAACUACAUCCGACUCCUUCCCUGCACCACCUUGUCCACCUUCUUUCUAGCUGGGCUGCUGGUAUUGCCUCCUAAGUGGUUUUCCUGAUUCCACUCUUCCAACCCACAGUCAGUUCUCCACGUAACAGCCAGGGAGAUUCUUUUUUUAAAUUCUUUUCCGUUAUGGUUUAUUACAGGAUAUUGAAUAUAGUACCCCGCGCUAUACAAUAGGACCUGUUGUUUAUCCAUCCUGUAUAUAAUAGUUUGCAUCUGCUAAUCCCAAACUCCCAAUCCAUCCCUCCUCCACCCUCCUCCCCCUUGGCAACCGCAAGUCUGUUCUCUGUGUCUGUGAAUCUGUUUCUGUUUUGUGGAUAAGUUCAUUUGUGUCAUAUGCUGGAUUCCACAUAUAAGUGAUAUCAUAUGGUAUUUGUCGUUCCUCUUUCUGACUUACUUCACUUAGUAUGGUAAUCUUUAGGUCCAUGCAUGUAAAUGGUAUUAUUUCAUUCUUUUUUUUUUUUGAAGUAUAAUUGCUUUACAACGUUGUGUUAAUUUCUGCUGUGCAACAAGGUGAAUCAGCUCUAUGUAUACAUAUAUCUCCUCCCUCUUUUACCUCCCUCCCACCCACCCACCCCCAUCCCACCCAUCUAGGUAUCACAGAGCACCGAGUUGAGCUCCCUGUGCUAUACUGUAGGUUCCCACUAACUAUCUAUUUUACACAUGGUAGUGUAUUUCAUUCUUUUUAUGGCUGAGUAGUAUUCCAUUGUAUAUACGUACCACAUCUUCUUUAUUCAUUCAUCUAUUGAUGGACAUUUAGGUUGCUUCCACGUCUUGGCUAUUGUAAAUAGUGCUGCUAUGAACGUAGGGGUGCAGGUAUCUUUUUGAAUUAUAGAUUUGUCCGGAUAUAUGGCCAGGAGUGGGAGUGCUGGAUCAUAUGACAACUCUAUUUUUAGUUUUUUGAGGUACCUCCAUACUGUUCUCCAUAGUGGCUGCACCAAUUUACAUUUCCAUCAACAGUGUAGGAGGGCUCGGGGAGAUUCUUUUAAAACAUAAAUCUGAUCGUGUCAUUACCCUGCUCAAAAGCUUCCAAUGGUUCCCUACCUCACUCGGAAGAAAACCCCAGACUCCUCCCCUCGAUUAUAAGAUCUGACCCCUGCCUGCUCCUCCACUCUCACCUCCCACCCCUCAGCCUUGCUCAUCGUGCCUCAGCCUCCCUGGGUUCUUUCCUGACCUUCUCACAUGCUGAGGGUGCACCCACUUGAACACUGCCCUGAGUCCGGGUGUCUGCAGAUGAAGGCCCAGCGCUCAGCCCAAAUGGCCUUUCAUCAGGAAGGCCUCCCCUGACCAAUCUAUCUGAAGUCGCACCUGUGCUGGCAGGCUCUGGACAAGAAACAGAUGGCGCACUCCAAGAGGGCAGUUGGAGACUGCUUAAUGAAGGGCUACUUACAGAGGUACGCUUCAGCUUAGGGACGGUGAAGCAUCCCCGGUGUGAGCCCAGCAGGAAGCUGGUACCGUCCUUAGGCCUGAAGAGGCUAGGAAGGAGAGUGUGGUUAUCAGAACACAGAGGGGAGCAUAGCUGUAGGAGGGGGCCGUGCCCGGAGCCGUGGCCUUUAGUAGAAGAAUGCAGCCACCACCAACCUCAGCCCAAAGGAGCGAGCCAGAGUAAAUACCCCGACCUCUCCCUGCCCUCCCAUCUCCUGUGGAUACUUCCAGCAGCCAAACCCACCUGGGAGCCAGAGGGCAAGGCAGCCCAGGGAGGCACUUCUCAGAGGUCAUCUUCCCCAACACACAGCAAGGCAGAGAAGUGGGGGUGGACCCGGAUGGAGCAAAACUGAGCUAACCCAACACAGCAUUCAUUACUCUGAAGCUCUACCCUGCUUCAUUUUUCUUAAGAACACUCAUCACUACCUGGUAAAGUAUUGUGUAUUUAAUCAUCUUGCUUUAUUUUUGUCUCUAGACCCAUGAGGGUGGGAAUGGGGUCCUUGUCAGGUUUUGUUUGUUUUCCAUUUAUGUCUCCCAGGUACCUAGAACAAUGCUGGCCUGUGGCAGGAGCUUAAUAAAUAUUUGGUGAAUGAAUGAUUGAAUGAGGCUGGUAUUAUUAUCCCAUUUUAUAGUUGGAAAGACCAAGGCUCUGAAAACCUAAUCAGUCGAGGUCCCUGGGGGAAGCUGCCCAGGUCUUCUGACCCCCGGGGCAUGGUCCCUUCACCACACCCCAGAGCGGAGUUACAACUGCUGAGAGGGUUCUCCUGUGCUUUGGAAACCGCUGUGGGUCCAGGUGGCCACCAGAGCAUCAGUCCUGGCUCUUCCCACAUCCUUGGGCUUUGCACAAAAGUUGAGCAUGGUUUGAAAUCCUAUUACGCCUUAAUAAAAUUAGCAGAAAGGUCCAAGUACUUUUCGUGAUGCUUCAUGCUUGCAGCUGAUAUGUUUUCAGCAUCCUGAUACCAACCCCUUUCCCCACCCCUGCCUUUGAUUUCAGAGCCAUCGGGAGCUUUCAGGGAAGGUCACGCUCAUGCCCCAAGACCGGGACACCACGUGCCCAGGGGCCUCUGUCUACUGCAUUCUGCUCUGAGGGCUACCUUGCUGAAAGGGGCGUCGUUCCAGGGAGGAGGUCCCAGGCUCUGUGGGACCAGGCUUCAUCUAUCGGCGGGCGGGUGUGGGCUGAGUGCCCGGGCAGCCUGAGUGCAUCUGCGCAAGCGCAGCAGGCGUGGCGGGAAGGAACGUUGCUGAUACUGACCCUUGUGUGGCCCCCACCCCGGCUCCGGCUCCUCCUGGGAGAAAACCCAUUAUUCCAGUCUUGGUGGCUUCACACCCACGGGCACCGGCACGCUCUCAUUUACAGCCGGAUGAUUACAUGCUUUGGGGGUCACUGCAUGGACGCAGCUGGCACUGAGGGUUUUGUGUUUAAAUGAAGUGGCCGAGUCAGUCUGGUUCAGCUGCACUGGCCUUCAGCAGAGUGACAUCACCAUCCCCCUCGUUCAGCACAAGGUCAUUUCUGUCCCCCGUCAGCAAACAUUCCCGCCCCUGCUCCGGGUGCCGCAGGACCCGCCUCUGCUUCUGUUUGGGAACCGCUUCGCUGUGGCCUCUGGUCUGCCAGGACUGGUGACCGUGAUUCUUCCUCAUGAGGGAUCCCAAGCUCAGUCCCCUCGGGGCUCAUGAGAAUGACCUCGAUGGGCCUGUGGGUCCCAGUAGGGAGAGUGGACCCCUGUGCUCCUGUCCACACCUCCCCACUGGUAGCACAUCUGGGGGUUACACCUCCCACCCUGCCGUCCCACCAGGCUCCCCCACUGACCCUCCUCCCCAGGCAGCCCUGUGGAGCCUUUCUUUCCUGACCCAGCUUCUCUUCCUCUCUUGAGCCCUGCAGAAAGCUCACACCCAGCCCGGCUUCAUCAUCUUUUUAUUUCUGUGUCAGGAAGGCUACGGAGUUUGGUGGAGCCUCACCACUCUCAUUUUACCUAAACUAACAUUUCUUAAAUUGGGAGAAAGAAGGAAAGAUGAAAGGAGGAGAAACGAGACGUGGCAAUGAAUGCCAGAGUGAGAGAUUUGCCAAGUAUCUGAACUUUGUCCUCCCCACACUCCCUGUUCUGCUAAAUAAAGAAAAUAGAGGUGCCUCCGGGCCUUUUUUAAAUCAAGAUUGUAUUAAAAAGAGACGUAGUUUCAAUCACCAAGCAAACAAUUCACAAAGACAUUUUCUGGAAUAAUGAGAAUAAUAAAAGCUAUCAUUUUGGAGGGGCUGAACCUAUGCCAGGCCCCGGGCUGUGGGUUUGGCCAUCCAUCAUUCUCACCCACCCCAUGAAUUGAAAGGUUGAUACCAUCCCCUUUUUACAGAUCAGGAAACAGGUUUGGAGAAACCUGGCGACCUGUCCAGGACACGGCACGCAUGAGAGCUGGGUCUGGGGUUCGCGCCAAGUAUGGGCGGCUCUGGCGCUGUCCUCGCUGUCCCCCAUGAUGGAGCCCCGCUCAGACCAAGGCAGGCGGCCAGAGGCCACACCGGAGCUUCCGUGGCCAGAAGCCGUUGCGACUCCCAAAGCUAAGAGGGCACCACGGGGGGGUCCCUACAUUUGGUUUCUGCUUCCCAUUUCAGAGCUUCCUCUCUGGGUUAGGGCUGUGACCAUAUCACAGUAUGUUUGCCCAGCCCAGUUUGAAUCCUAAGCUGGUGAAACAGAAAUAUCCUUGUGAAAAUAGGAGCACAUUUUUAUUUACCAAAGGUAAACAAAACCUUUCACUGGUCUGAAGGGUUUCCAUGUUUCUGCCUUCCAUCUCCCCCUCCCUCCGCUCGCUUUCAUUGCCCAUAACAUUAACCUUCAGAAAGAAACGAAAGUAAACAAGCUGGCAAAUCCAAGUAUCUGAUUUCCCGGCUGCAUCCUUCUCAGGCAAGGCAGUGGCACCUGCCACAGACUCUCUCGGGAGUUACCCAGCAGGGAGGCCUCCGCGGGCCUCACGUCCACCCCACGCCUGCCCCUCGUGCUCUCGGGGUAAGGGAGUUCCUUGCUGGAUUUUGGUCAUCGUGAAGCUCGCAUAUGUAUCAGUUCAUUUAGCUUUCCCUCGGUCCAGCUGGCCUUGGCAAGGCUCAGCCGCAGCUCCAUGCCCGUGGCUCUGUAAUGGGAAAAAAAAGGAGGGAAAAUGCAUUCUAUGCAGGACUUGUUUUUGCGUUGGGUCAGUCUUAUUUUCAGGCAUGUUGUGUUAAUGGGGGAAGGGUGUUUCUCGGAAAAUAUCACCUUCAAGUCCUGUGACUCUUUUUCAGGUUAUAUAAAAGGGCAUUAGGCUAACGCUUGGAAAUUCAGCAGCUUCCUUUCUUGGGAGCUCAAAUGGGGAAACGGGCUACAAUGCACCUCCAGCAGCAGCCAUGCAGAAUAAGAAUAGGCAGCAGUUACCUUCCUAAUCAGCCUUCAGUCUGGAUAAUAUCAGCAGUACUAAAGGUUACAGCUUUUUCUGUGACAUAUUGCUUCUUCAGAGAGUAUUAAAGAUGUUUUGAAUCUAUUUUUUAGGAAUCUUGAAACCACCAGUGGAACAUUUUUGAUGUCGUGGGUAAUGCAUAAAGCAGCAGCUUGGGAAGGCUGGGCCGGGAGAGGUACCCAAGGGUGUUGGAAGCACAAAAGACACUGCCCAUUAUAGUUUGAACAGUUCCGGAAGCAAGCAAGGUGGGGCAUAUGCUGAGAUGUGGGAGUAGAUGUGGCUGGGAAGGGGCAUUAUUCCUUUUAUUUGCAGGGGGAUGGAGAAGAGACAGACAGACCCUGCCUCUCCUGGGAGUGGGCAGUAUUUAUUGGGAAGGGAGAGCCGGAGGAAAAUUUCCGUAAUCAUGGAAGGAAUUCUCAAGCCCUGCUCUGCAUUCUUAUUGUUUUGGCUUUUUUUGCUGCCUGGACUCUCCCAACCCAGAGGACAGAUUCAUAUAAAAAUUGCAACAAGAAGUGAUAUCACUGUAGAAGUUGUAGUAGAGGGUAAAUUUUAUGUGUCAGCUCGGCUUGGCCGGGGAGGGAUUGGGGGCCAAGAUAUUUAGCCAAAGGUUAUUCUAGCUGUGUCUGCGAGGCUAUUUCUGGGUAAGAUUAACAUUUGAAUCAGUGGGGUGAGUAGAGCAGAUGACCCUCCCUAAUGUGAGUGGGCCUCAUCUAAUCAGUUGAAUGUCUGAAUAGAACAGAAAGGCUGACCCUCCCACAAAUAAGAGGGAACUCCACCUGCCUGACUUGAGCUGGGACAUAGCUUUUUUUCCUGCCUCCAGACUCAAACUGAAACAUCAGCUCUUCUUAGGCCUCGAGCCUGCCAGUUUUUGGACCAGAACUUAUAGCAUUGGUUCCCCUGGGUCUCCAGCUUGCCAACUGCAGAUCUCGGGACUUCUAGGCCUCCAUAACCACAUGAGCCAAUUCUCUGUUAAUUAAUCAAUCUCCUAUUGGCUCUGUUUCUCUGGACAAUGUUGAUUGACUAAUACACAUGGCAUUAAUAAAGCAGGGACUGAAAUAUUACAAUCUUUCCUGAAUUCAUAACCUGACCAUAUCAGCUGUGUCCACUAUGAGAGAAAAGGGUCGUUGAAUCCCCGAAGUGUUCAGUAUGUGGCCAGUGGCCCCAGAAAGCUCUCUGGCCACACCUCUCUGCUGAGAAUAUCGGAGGCCAUGAAUGGAAAUGAGGAGAAAGUAACACGAGGGGGAGGGAAACGGCCUCACCUGCCUGUCUCACCUGGCACCUCCAGGCUCCUCCCACCCAGAAUGCCCCUUGGAAGAGCAAAGGACUCAAGCAGAGUUGGCCUGAUACCCAAGCCCAGCUCCAUGUCCCCCACUCCCAGCCGGCCUGGCCUCCCAGGGGUGGGUAUGGUCCUGCUAAACUCUGGGAAAUAAAAACUAACAUUAUCCACAUGCUCUUGACACCCUUUUACUGUGAUUGAGACCCAGGUCCAUGGAAGAGUCCCUCCCACCUCCUCAGAACUGCUUUGGUAGGAGAACAGAAAACCCUCUAGCACCCUCAGGCAGCUGUCCUCUCUCUAACUGCAUCUCCCCAGGUGGCCCUCGGCCACAGAGAGGUCCUGACUCUUUUCUACCUGCACAGCCUCUGUUUUUGCCCAGGUGACAGGGCCCUGGGGCUGGUGGGAGGGGCAGGGAGAGGCCACAGGGCUCACACCCUGGACUGGAAAUUGAGAGGAGCUAAGAGUCCUGCCUGAGAGACUGGAUAUCACCUGGCACCCACACCCAAUGGUCAGUUGUGGUCUGGGGGUUCGUUUAUGGGGUCCAUAUGGGGUGGGGGCCCCAGUUGGUCCAGAGUCUACCGUCCACCCAGGCACUGUUACCAAGAAUGAAAAUACUGCCAGGCUUUAUAGCUCAACAGUUAAGCACACAGGUUUUCUAAUCAGACCCAGCUUCACGUCUCAACUCUACUUUGUUAGCUGUAUAACUUUGAGCAAGUUAAGUAACCUCUCUGAGGCUCACCUGUGAACCUGGUUAUGAGGAGUAGAUAUGAAGUAAAGAAUUUGGUUCUGUACUUAAUAAAGUUAGUGCUCAAUGAAAUUUUGUUAUCAUUUUCCUAUUUAGAUCAUCAGCAUUUCUCACUAGUUAUAUUAAUACCCACAAGAUUUGGAGUCUCAGCAAAUAACAUCAUCCCGUCCAUGAAAAUGGUGCAAAAAGCCCCCGGCAUCUCCAAAGCAGACAGUCAGUCCCAGGGACUCACGACCAGCAUCCGGUGGGGGCAGACGCCCAUCAAUCAGUCCACGCCUUGGGACACUGAUGAGCCGCCCUCCAAACAGAUGAGGGAGAGCGACAAUCCAGGCACAGGGCCGUGGGUGACCACAGUGGCCUCCGGGAGCCAGUCCGCCCUGAUCGCACACUCCUACGGAGUGGCCCAGCCUCCCACCUUCAGCCCGGCUGUGAACGUCCCGGCGCCGGUCAUUGGCGUAACCCCUUCACUGCCUCCCCACGUGGGGCCCCAGCCCCCGCUGGUGCCAGGCCACUACUCACUCCCACAGCCGCCCUCUCAGCCACUGAGCAGCGUGGUGGUCAACAUGCCCGCCCAGGCCCUGUACGCCAGCCCGCAGCCCCUGGCUGUUUCCACGCUGCCCGGCGUCGGGCAGGUGGCCCGCCCAGGACCCACCACCGUGGGCAAUGGCCACAUGGCAGGGCCCCUGCUGCCUCCACCGCCGCCAGCCCAGCCGUCUGCCACCCUCCCCAGCGGUGCCCCUACCACCAAUGGGCCCCCCACGUCAGACUCGGCCCACGGGCUGCAGAUGCUACGGACCAUUGGCGUGGGGAAGUAUGAGUUCACCGACCCCGGGCACCCCAAAGAAAUGUUGAAGGAAUUGAACCAGCAGCGCAGAGCGAAAGCGUUUACAGACCUGAAAAUUGUUGUUGAAGGCAGAGAGUUUGAAGUCCACCAAAAUGUUCUAGCUUCCUGCAGCUUGUAUUUCAAGGACCUGAUUCAAAGGUCGGUGCAAGACGGCAGCCAGUGCGGCCGGGAGAAGCUGGAGCUCGUCCUGUCCAACCUGCAGGCCGACGUCCUUGAGCUGCUGCUGGAGUUUGUCUACACGGGCUCCCUGGUCAUCGACUCAGCCAACGCCAAGACCCUGCUAGAGGCAGCCAGCAAGUUCCAGUUCCACACCUUCUGCAAAGUCUGCGUGUCCUUUCUCGAGAAGCAGCUGACGGCCAGCAACUGCCUGGGGGUGCUGGCCAUGGCCGAGGCCAUGCAGUGCAGCGAGCUCUACCACAUGGCCAAGGCCUUUGCGCUACAGAUCUUCCCCGAGGUGGCGACCCAGGAGGAGAUCCUAAACAUCUCCAAGGAUGACUUCAUCGCCUACAUCGCCAAUGACAGCCUCAACACCAAGGCUGAGGAGCUAGUGUACGAGACCGUCAUCAAGUGGAUCAAGAAGGACCCCGCGUCCCGGGCGCAGUACUCGGCGGAGCUCCUGGCAGCGGUCCGCCUCCCCUUCAUCCACCCCAGCUACCUGCUCAACGUGGUUGACAACGAGGAGCUGAUCAAGUCAUCGGAAGCGUGUCGGGACCUGGUCAACGAGGCCAAACGCUACCACAUGCUGCCACACGCCCGCCAGGAGAUGCAGACGCCCCGAACGCGGCCCCGCCUCUCAGCAGGUGUGGCCGAGGUCAUCGUUUUGGUUGGGGGCCGCCAGAUGGUGGGGAUGACCCAGCGCUCGCUGGUGGCCGUCACCUGCUGGAACCCACAGAACAACAAGUGGUACCCCCUGGCCUCACUGCCCUUCUAUGACCGCGAGUUCUUCAGUGUAGUGAGUGCCGGGGACAACAUCUACCUUUCAGGUGGGAUGGAAUCAGGGGUGACGCUGGCCGAUGUCUGGUGCUACAUGUCCCUGCUCGAUAACUGGAACCUCGUCUCCAGGAUGACGGUCCCCCGCUGUCGGCAUAAUAGCCUUGUCUACGAUGGGAAGAUUUACACCCUCGGGGGACUUGGCGUGGCAGGCAAUGUGGACCACGUGGAGAGAUGGUGCCCUUGACAUGACCACCAGUGACCUGUUGGGGACUUCCUGACCUCCUGUCACAUCCUCCGUGCUGCAGCCUUGCCUCCUGUCACAUCACCACUCCUCCUGGACUCCUCUCAGCUCCCCUCAUACAGGCCGGCAUCUCCCCCGUGUCCUCAGCCCGUCCUCACCCCACACGCUCCCUGUGAACUACCUCGUCUUCAGUUUCCAUCUAUGUGCCCAUGAUCCCAUAGCUGAAUAUUUAAUCCAGACCUAAAUACCAACUGCCCCUGCACAUCCGCAAUUUGUUACCCACAGAUACUUUAAACUUCCCAUGAAUAAAAGCAAAAUCAUCCUCCUCCCCAAAACUCUCCCAACCUCGAUUCCCUGUCCCCCCUGUCCAGUUUCCCAAGCCAGAGACCCUGAGGCAUCCUCAGUGACUCCCUGAAAUGAGACAUCAAUUCAUGCUAAACCUUAUCAGUUUACCUCUCCUUCUGUUCCCACCUCCUUCCUUGGUCCAGGCCACUAUUUCCCCAGUUUCCAGCCCAUGGGCUGGGUAUGUAGGAGAUGCCCAGUGCCGGGCUGCUGAAUGAAAGAGUAGGACUGAGCUGGACAGAGAGGGCUGAAGAGGCCCGGAAGCUGGGAAGCUGAUAGAGGUUUCCACAGACAGACAAGAGCCCCCCUGAGGUUCAAGAGGGAGGCUGAGAGGGCCGGUUUGGGCUAGAUCCUGGGUGGCCUUGAGUGAUGCAUCCCAAGUGCCCUCCACGGUGUGAUCUAGGGCUACACCAAGGGCAGGAAGUGGGUGGUGGGGCUCCCCUGUGUCUGCUGUCUUGCUUGGGGCCCCUGCCCUGCAUGAGGCCCAUCUCUGAUUCUGGCUCUUCGUUUCCUCUCU